CCGGUGACGUUUAUAUGCAUGAUACUCACACUGGGCACAAUAUGGGGUUUGAACAUGAGUUUGACAUGCCAAUUCAAUUAGAAACAAGGGCAAAUGAAUUGCAUUCUGGUGACCACACCAACCAAGACAUCAACCACGCCACACCUAUGCAGUUGGAACAACACAUGGCCCUAGAAUCAGGGAUCCCAAUCCCUAUAGCUCAGCACAAUAGCCAUGACGAUAGUUUCCCUCGUUCUGAUAAUCACAAUAUACAGGAUGAUAAGGAAAUUGAAGACAAACCUUCACCUAUAUGUUCUCAGGUUCCCAUAAAUGUAACCAUUGAUCAACUCGUGCCUCCUAUUGCAGCUGAAGGAGCUAUUGAUGCCUGAACCAUUAUAGAGCAGGCAUCAACAUUGUUGAUUUUGUCGCCAUAUUUAGAUGGCUCCUGAUAAUGUCAGAAUUUG